AGAUAAUACUGUUGCAGGGUAGGAGGUUUAUUUAUUUCAAAGAAAUACUAGAUAUCGGUUUAUUUGACUGUUGCAAGUUGAUGAAAUAACUUUGCGUGACUAAAUUAAUUAUAAAAAUAACACCAGGUCAAACGUUCAAUAGAGAUAAAAUUUGCGAAUCACUUUGAAAUUUGUUGCAAGUGCGUGUGAAUUUGAUUUCAUGCUUUCUUGACAUUCGGAGUCAAAAAGUUAAUAAAAGAAUGGGAAUAUCUUUUAGGACUAGAAAGAACAAUUUUAUAUUGCGUUUUAGAGUGUUCUGUGUGCUAUCUGUAACGCUAACUUAUGUUUUGGUCGGUCAAGUUUCUCGUUUUAAUAGGGCCGUUAUUUAUGAAAAAUUAGAUAAUUCUUUUGGUCGACACCUUCUAGCUGUAGAAAAUAGUACAAAUACCAAUGUUACGAAAAAUUGUACUGCGGCAGCUAUCAACGAAUUUCCACCAGAUGGGUUCACAAGAGAUCAGCGCCAAGAUGGUUUUAUUAUUUUACAUGCAUUAUUGGCAUGUUAUUUAUUUGUAAUGUUGGCGACAGUAUGUGAUGACUAUUUUGUCCCAGCAGUCAAAAAGUUCUGUGAUAAUUUAAAAAUGAAAGAAGACAUAGCUGGAGCAACAGUUAUGGCUAUGGCUAGUUCUAGUCCGGAAUUAUUUAUUAACAGUGUUGGUACUUUUGUAACCGAAGGAGAUUUGGGUGUGGGAGCUGUUGUUGGAUCUGCAGUAUUUAAUGUUUUAGCUGUACCUGCUUGUUGUGGCCUUUUUGCCAAUAUGGUUAUGGAAAUAGAAUGGUAUUCUGUAAGUCGUGAUAGUUUGAUGUACAGUGUUUCAGUAAUUGCUCUUAUAGUAGUACUACAAGACGGAAAAAUUUACCUCAGCGAAUCGAUAGCUUUGAUAUUAAUUUAUUCUUUAUAUAUUUUAUUAAUGUGCUUCAAUAGCAAAUUAAGUAGAUUAGCUCAUAAAAUUGUUGCUAAAUUUAGACGGCGGAGAUACUAUGUAGAAGUUUUGGGGGAAACGUACCCUUUGUUGUUUCAGAAAAAUGGCAAAUAUCAUGGAAUUGAAGAAAUAUUUGAUGUUGAAGUUACUUUGGAAGAUUGCCAAAAGUUCGAAGAAUCAACAAAAAUUUGGAGAUGGCCUACAGAAGCAACCACUAAAUCGAAACUUUGGUGGAUAUUUACUUGGCCUAUUUCAUUAAUUCUCUACUUAACAACUCCUGACUGUAAAAAAUAUCCCAAAUUGUUUGUGUUCACGUUUAUUAUGUGUAUUUUCUGGAUAGGAACAACAUCGUACUUUGUUUCCUGGAUAAUAACAAUAAUAGGUGAUACUUUAAAUAUACCAGAUUCAGUCAUGGGGUUAACGUUUUUAGCUGCUGGAACAAGUGUACCUGAAGCUGUAUCUAGUGUUAUAGUAACAAAACAAGGUCAUGCCACUAUGGGUUUGAGCAGUUCAAUUGGCUCGAAUACGUUCGAUAUACUUUUAUGUUUGGGAAUACCAUGGAUGGUUAAGGCUGCGUUUUAUCCCAAGGUUCCCGGAAAUCAUUGGGUUGAUAUUCAGUCAGGAGGCAUAAAUAUCAGCGCAUGUGCAUUGCUGACUACGUUAGUUUUGUUUUAUUUGAGCAUUGCUUUAAAUAAAUAUCGAUUAGACUGGAAAGUGGGAUUGUCUUGUUUGUUAACUUAUUUGGUGUUCAUAAUUUUAGCCACUCUUGUGGAAUUAAAUGUUUUCUUCACAGUUAACUUGCCCAUGUGUGAUCGGUGACAAUAGCUAUAAAUGUUUAUACUGAUAAUCAUAAGAUAUGUAUAUAUAAUGAUUUGUUAAUUUAAAAUACAACUUUUUAAAUAAAUUAUUAAAAAAUUAAAA